AAAACUCAGAACUGGGAGGAGUUCUAGUUCGGAAAAGAUGGCAGAUUUGCAACAGUAUGAGAAGGUUCAAAUCCUAUGUUCAUGUGGGAUUCGGUCUCCUAUUACAAAACUUUAUUUCUGCAAACAUUGUAUGAAAUUGAGAUGCAAACGCUGUGUAUCACACGAGGUUGAUUCUCACUUCUGUCCAAAUUGUCUUGAAAAUAUGCCAUCUGCAGAAGCAAAAAUAAAGAAGAACAGGUGUGCUAAUUGUUUUGAUUGCCCAAGUUGCUCGCAUACGCUUUCAACCCGAGCCACUAGCGUAGCACACACUGAUACAGAGGAUCAAAAAAAGAGUACUACACGUAAGGUGUACUACUUGGCGUGUGGAUUCUGCCGUUGGACCUCAAGGGAUAUCGGCAUGAAGGAUAAGCAAGCAGCCAGUGGACAGUGGGAUGAAAAAGAAAAUCCACAUGCGAAGAGGAUAUCUGACCUGCUCGUCUACUACAGGCUGUUGGCUGGACGUGAGAAACAAGAACGAGAACGCAAACGCUUCACAAGGCGCCGUUUUAUGCCAGAGAAGAGUCCAGGUAGCCGAACUUCUCGAAGAAGUAGUGCUUUGAUGAGUGCAUUAGCCUCACUUAAAGUGGCUGAGAGUCAACCUGAAAAAGACAUAACUACAGUAGAAGCUGAAGCCUCUGAAGAUGUUGAACCUCUGCCAGCCAAAUAUUAUACUCAAGUAGUUGUUCUAGAAAAAGUGGCAGCAGUUGAGCAACGUCAUAUGCAGCCAGAAUUUAGUUGCUCCAACAUCAACGAGCUGUUCCCACCUCACAAGCACCUUCUUAUUAAAAGAUCCCAGAGAUGUCGGGAAUGUGAGCAUAAUCUGAGUAAACCUGAGUUUAAUCCAUCUUCCAUUAAAUUCAAACUCCAAUUAAUUGCUUUACAUUAUAUACCAGAUGUUCGUAUAUUUCUUGUACCAAAUCUGCAUUUUGAGCGUGAGAGUCAGGUGACAUUUUUGUUCAUUAAUCCGAUGGAACACGUCACCAACAUCAAGUUAGAAGCCAUUGAACCAAAUGACAAAACUUUAGCAAACUCUAAGAUUGUUGUCCCAGAAGAUGAGUUAAGUUUGGCUGCUAAAGAUGACACUGCCGAGUACGAUGACCAACCCCAAGAUUCCUCUCAGUUUGAUGAUAAUUCUGACGUUGUGCAUUUCCGACGAGCUCACAAGCUGGGUGUACUGGUUAAAGUUACUCCUCUAACUUCUUCUAGUGAUGUGAUUGUGUCCUUCCUUUUGAAAUAUGAUUUCAAAAACAUUAGCACUUCACUACGUACUACUGAAGAAACAACUCGAGAGGUCACAUGGCUGGAGAAUGAAAUCACCAUUAAUCUUGGAUGUCUUGCCCAAUAAAGUGGAAAUAGCAGUCGUAGCGAUAUGUUUUAACUUAAUUGAUAUCAUGUAUUCAUAUAGAGGAAUUACAACCAUAGACUUGUCCAUUGUCACUCACUUUUUUUAUGUUGUCCAAUAAAAAUGCACAAAUUUCUUAGCAGACUAGCUUAAGUAGUAUUUGGGAAGAAGGGGUGAGGGUGUCGGAGAUGGCUAGAUAUUCUUAAAUAUAGUUACAGGAUUAGAAAUAUGAAAUAAAGCUAUCAUCUAUAUCCUGUCCCAAAAGUAGUUGGUGCAAUAUUAUAAUAUUAUGUUAAUAUUAUUUUUGAAGCUGUUAUUUCUGUUGUUUUGUUAUUAUUAUUAUUAUUAUUAUUAUUAUUAUGAUUUGCCUGAAGAAGUGUAUUUGUACAUGAAUGCUUGUGUCAAUAAAUCUCAACUACCCAUGAAUGUGCUACCUUUGUGUAUUAAAAUAGACUGGUAUGACUCGUACGGUAUUAUUUGUAACAUGUAGUUAGCAAAUAAACAUUUAAAGUAGGCCUAGUUUCAUUAUAUAAACAUGUCUCCCUCCAAUUAAAGACCACUUGUAGACCAGGAUUUCCAUGGUCUUUAGCAGCUUUGCUAUGUAAUUUGAGUAAUAAAUAAUAAAGAAAUUUUUUAACAUUAGAGGUGGAGACCUGUAUUUUGUUUAAUGUCAUUUUGAUUUUCUGAAGAGUAAUACUUAAACAUUUUUGGAGUCUCCUAUCUUGGUAUUUAAAAUCAUGUUUAAAAGUUGUAAAUGUCCAAUUAAUUUUAAUUAUUGUUACAUAAAUGAAUUUGUCAUUAAUUAUUCGAAUAACCAUAUUAAGCAAUUAAAUGAUUGUGAAGUAUAA